GUCGCCACGGCAACGGGCGUGUACAUAGACAAAGGUCCCCCACAUAGCCCCGAGCAGACCUUCGGGGCAAGUGCAGCUUAGCAAAGUAAGCAGCACCGAUGAAGGCCGUCACUGUGUCACACGAGGGGGGUAGGGUGGCCAUCACCACGCCCGGCCGCCUUUGUCUUCCCCAAUGGCGAUGUUUUACAAGCCGUGCCAGGUAACAGCAGCGCGCUAACCGCUGCACCACCGCUCCCCACCCUAUAGCAACACUCCCCCUCACCCAACAGCCAAUAGCGGUGGAGGACGCGCGCCACGUGACCGAGUGGGGAGGCGGGGCUCUCGGUGUCGUCAAGGCAACGGCUUGUAUACAAAUUCGGUCACUCGCUGUUCGCAAACUCUUUGGUUAAAUGUUCCUCAUUUUUUAACGAGGGAAUACAAAACAUUUGUUAAAAAACCACAUCGCUCGAUAAAGAGUGAGGCCCCCGACAUCGAGAUGAGCGAGUCGGUGCUCGCAGAGCUGCAAUGGGACGAGGGGAUGGCGAUCCCAGUCGCAAACGAGGAAAACAAAGCCUUGGAGAUGGAGCUGCAGAAGCGACUGCAGGAGAAUGUGUCGAUGGAAGGGGAGAGGAUGGAGCAGGAGGAACGACUUCACGCCAUGGUGGAGCAUCUCAAGAACGUGAAACAGGAGUUCACCAACACGCAGGUGCUGUGCCGCGCGCGGGAGAAGGAGCUGGAGACGGAGUCGCACUUCACGACACUCGCCGAGCGAGAGGACGGGCGCCUCAAGCAGGAGCUGCGUCGACUCGACGCGGAGAUGCGCGACGCGAGGGAGCGGCAGAACAACCAGCAGAACGAGCUGUUCCGGGCGACGCGCCGGCUGGAGGAGAAGCGAGCGGAGCUGCGCUGGGACGAGCUGGCGCUCGACGCGUGGCUGGAAGAGGCGGCGCGCAGAGACGAGGACAUCGAGGCGCUGCAGAGAUACGCACGGCUCGACGAGGGCAAGAUCCGGGAGCUGAUGUUGAGACUGGACCGGCUCACGGAUGAGGAGUCUCAAAAGAAACGAUCCCUCGAGAAUGAAGUCACGGAGACUGUGAUGACGCAGGUGGAGCUGGACAAGGCCGCGGAAGAGUUCCGCCAGGCCCAUCGGGAGCGGCAGCAGCUGCUUCAGCAGUGGGAGGAGACGAUUCAGCAGAUGCAGCGGAGAGACCGGGACGUCGAGCGCUGUGCGCUGGACCUGGCGGAGGCGCGUCAGGAGCAGCGCGGACGCAAGGAGCUGCUGCGACAGAAGCGCGAGUUCCUAGAACGCGAGGCGGAGAACAACGCGGAGCUAGAGAGGCGCACGGCGGGCAGCGAGCGCCUCGCCGCAAAGCUGCGCCGGGCACUGCUGCAACUGGACGGCGCGCGGGAGCAGCUGCACGACCAGCUGGAGACCCUGAAGGGCACGGUGGAGCGCACGGCCACUGAGCUGGAGAACGCCCGGGCACAGGUGUCGAACCUAGGCAAGGAGGUGCAGGACAAGACGAACCGGCUGCGUGCGCUGGAGGGCGAGCGGGAGUCGCUGCGUGAGCGGCUCAAGUCGAGUCAGGAGACGGCGCUGAGCGCGGAGGAACGGGCGCUGCGCAUGGACGCGAUGUUCGCUCAGGAGCAGCAGCGCAUCAAGGAGCUGGAACAGACUCUGGCGCAGGUGAAGAACCAGAAGUUUGCGCGGGAGCAGCAGCUGCAGGAGGGCAGGGUGCGCGAGCGGCAGGCCGAAGUGGCGAUGGCCGGGGCGAGGGCCUCGAUGGGCCUCGGCAGCAGACUCCAGCGCCUCGACGCGGACGCCAUCAAGCAGAGCAACGUCAUCUACAGCCAGGACUUCCAGCUGGCGCAGCUGGAGCGCCGCCUCGCCCAGCUGCAGGGGGACAUCUCCAACGAGGAGAAGGAGCAGCUGGAGGCUCAGGUGGCGAAGCUCAAGGCCCAGCUGAGCGAGAGGAAUGACACGCACGCGCUGCUGAGCGCACAGCUCCGCAGGGUACAGUCCGACGGCCUCUGA